UCAUUCCACAGCGGCCGUUGUUUACAUUCGACUCCCACCGCUUGCGCCCGCAGAAAAAAAGACCUGUUUACGACCGGAACGUGGACGGUCCAAUCCCAAUCGGCCACUAUUUGUUGCCAGCAGCUCGCCGAGGAGUGACACGCGCCCGGUUGCGGUCAGUUGUGCGAUCCGAUCCGACCCCCUUCGUAGUGCGUGUGACGCGGCCUACCUACAUUGGAAUUCGAACCAAUCGACCCCCCGCCGUCGCCGUCGCCGCCGCCUUUCUACCAUCCACUGCAGCCCGGCUUCAGUGGCACACCAGGGGAAUCGUCGAAAGCGGGCCGCCGUCGUGUGUGCGUCAAGGUGAAAGAAUCCAGCCACACACAGCGAUCGGGAUCAAGCGCAGUUUCCAGCCGAGAAAAAGUGUGCCUUUUGUGGGGAGUGGAAAAUUGAAAAGUGAUUUUUAUAGGAAAAAGUGAAAAAAAAAACACACACACAGCUUUCAGCAUCAACUACCACCACCAUGGCCUCAGUAACAGCGACCGAGCAGUCCAGGAAGAAUGUUGAGUUUAUCUUCAAAAAUCUUCUAGCUGGAGGUGUGGCCGGCAUGUGCUCGAAGACGGCCGUCGCGCCACUCGAUCGCAUCAAGAUCCUGCUGCAGGCCCACUCGAUCCACUACAAGCAUCUCGGCGUGUUUAGCGGGCUGAAGCACAUCGUCAAGAAGGAGUCGUUCUUCGCCCUGUACAAGGGCAACGGGGCCCAGAUGGUACGGAUAUUUCCGUACGCCGCCACCCAGUUCACCGCAUUCGAGGUGUACAAAAAGUAUCUGGGCAAAGCGUUAGGCACGAACCUGCCGAUCAAGCACGCGGACAAAUUUAUUGCCGGUGCGGCCGCAGGCGUGACGGCAGUCACCUUGACGUAUCCACUGGACACGAUAAGAGCGCGGCUUGCCUUCCAGGUUACCGGCGAGCAUCGGUACAACGGUAUUGUGCAUACAGCCGUGAGCAUCUUCCGGACGGAAGGUGGACUGCGCGCCCUUUACCGUGGUUUCGUGCCGACACUGAUGGGCAUGGUACCGUACGCUGGCUUUUCGUUCUACUGCUUCGAGAUGCUCAAGUUUGUCUGCAUGAAGUACGCACCGGGCAUUACGUGUAAAAAGUGCGACAGAAACACAGGCGGGCUAGUACUUUGCGUGCCGGCAAAGUUACUGUGCGGUGGAUUUGCCGGUGCGGUCGCACAAUCGUUCUCCUACCCGCUGGACGUCACCCGAAGGCGGAUGCAGCUGGCAAUGAUGAACCCGGAAACGGCUAAAUUUGGGAGCAUGGGCAUGUGGAAAACGCUAUCGAUUAUCUACAACGAAAACGGCAUCAUGCGGGGCCUUUACCGGGGGAUGUCGAUCAACUAUCUGCGCGCCAUACCGAUGGUGGCCGUGUCCUUCUCGACCUACGAGGUGUUAAAGCAGGCGCUUAAGCUCGACACGGGCAUGAAGAUAUAAUGACAAGCCGGUAGAGGAAGCUUCAUAGCGUCGUUUGCUAGUAAGUGCGCGUUACGAGGGCGGGGUCGAUUUUUGUUAUGCUUAGUUAAUCUGUUUAUUUUGAGUUUAGUCUAUUUUAUGUUUCUUUUGACAAUUUUCAUUACUUUUGACACCAUAACAACACAUCUUCCCUCUCUCUCUAUAUACAUGUAGCUAAUUUUUCGUUCAUUUCAUGUGUAAGAAGGUAUCUAUCUUGUUUUGUUUUGUAGAAGUAGAAGCUAAAAUCGUGACAAGGUGGAAACGGCGCGAUCGUACACUGCUUCACUAAGCUAUCCAGGAGUACAGGGGUUCCUUAAGAGAUAUUUAUUUCUAUAGCUUUUACAACUGCACAGAGCUACCAUUGUCCUGUAAAAAAACAAAAGCAGAAAUGGUCUUAGAAGUUAAACUUUCUAUCACCAAGUUUUUAUUUCAUUUUGUUGUCAGGGUUUGUAGGGGAGAAAAACAUGCAUCACACCUAUGACGUUUGUGCUUUUAGUACAACAAAUGACAUGAACAGUCACCGUGACACAGAAUCAAUGUGGAAGUAUUAAUGUUUAAGCAAGGUUUCCGUACUUAAGCUUAAGUAAGGAGAGGCAAAGGCAAGCGUUUCUUGAACCAUUAUUCGCAACAAAAAAAGGAAAAGAAAUAACAGUGUUUUAAGGAUAGCGUUGAUUGUCGUGACUAUGAGGUGGGAAAGGAAAAAGGACCUGCACACACAAUUCUGUUGCUUUACGCAUUAGGUGAAAUAAUGAUUGUCAAAUUAGUAGAGUAUACUUAGCGGCUAAUGAUGUGGCUAAAGAAGCGAGCGAUGGUAAAAAAAGGGAAAACGGGGCGGUUUUUUUUUAAAGCGCUAAACAGCGGCCGCCAUCUUCCCUACUCUUAUGACUGCGGACAAACGGAACACACGAAACGUAAAUAAAGAUGAUGACAUAUUUUGUUACAAUA